GAGAGCACAAGCAGGGGGAGCAUCAGGCAGAGGGAGAAGCAGGCUCCCCGCUGAGCAAGGAGCCCAAUGCGGGACUGGAUUCCAGGACCCUGAGAUCACGACCUGAGCCAAAGGCAGACGCUUAACCAACUGAGCCACCCAGGUGUCCCAAAAGAAUUUUUUUUUUUAAGUAGGCUCCACACCCAGCAUGUAGCCCACUGUGGGGCUUGAACUCAAGACCCUGAGAUCAAGACCUCAGCUGAGAUCAAGAGUGGGAAGCCUAACCAACUGAGCCACCCAGGUGCCCCAAAACAAUGUUAAAACUCUAAAGUGAAGCCCCUCUCCAAAAGGAAAACUUGCAGUUCUUUUCAACAUGGAAAUACAAAUGCAAACGCAAGUAAAGCAUAGCUGUACAUUCUUAUCCUUCUCCCCCAAAAGGUCAGCACAUAAUAGACAUCCAGUUCUGAUUUUUUUUUUUUAAAAACCUAAUUUGUCUUGGUUAUCUUUCCAGGUAAAAAGGAGCUUCCUUAGCCCUGUACCACUGUGUAGUAUUAUGGGAUUAUGCCUGGUGAGUCUGGAGAACAGCCAGGAGGCCCCGUGUGGCUGGAGGGAGUGAGAAAGCGGGAGAGGGCGGGAAAGCUGAGGGUGGGAUAGCGGUGAUAGGAGAGGACAGAACGACGUCUAUGGGCUGCAGUGAGGACUUGGGCUGUUACCCCGGGUGAGGUGGGAGCCCUGGAAGAUUCUGAGCAGAAGAGAGAAGUGCCUGUACACGAGUGCUCACGUCGCCUUCUGGCUGCUGUGGAGGGACCAGCCUUCGGGGAGAGGUGGCGGGAGCUGGAGCACCAGGGUGGAGGGACCGUAUUGGUUCAAGUGGGACAUAAUGGCCGUGUCCGGGUGGGGGACUGAGAGGAGUGAGAAGUGGAUGGAUUCUAGGUAGACUCUGAAGCGGACGGGACUUGCUGUCAUAUCAGAUCGGGGAUCGGGGGUGCGGGGAGGCAGGCAGAGAAAGAGAGGGAUUAGCGGAUCUCCAAACUUUGGGGCCUUAGCACCUGGCAGGAGCUGCCAUCAGGCGGGUCUAGAGGACAGCGAGAGGGCGGGUUGGGGGACGCCCAGGAGCUCAGAUGUAGCGGGGUGAGUGGGCAGCACCCUUGCACCUCCAGGUGCGGCAUCCAGAAGGUAGGCGUCCUGGGCGCGGCCGCCGCGCAGUCCCGAGAGCCGCCGCCAGAGGGCGAGCGCGCCCCAUCGCCCUCCGCAGCUCCGCGGGGCGCGGGAAGAACGGGCCCUGCCGCUUCUCACGGCCCCCGCGGCCGGCCGCUCCUCGCCUGGGUGCGAAAUGCGGGCCACGGAGGUGCCAGGGCGCGGCUCGGACCCCCCAGGCAUCCCCGGGGCUCCAAAGCCUGGGACGCGGCUCCCACCCUCUUUAUGUGUUUCCAACACUCCAGCCUCCACACCCGACCAGGCUGUUCCCACCGCCUCGAACGCCACCUCAAGGCUCUGCAAGAAUGUCACCUCCUCAGGGAGGCCUUCUCUGACCACCCUGGGGGCAGAAGCCCCCGCCCUGACACCUGUAAGGCACCUCCUAUUUAAAUAACUUCACACGGAAGGCUCUGGAAUCCUCUUGUCUUGCCUGUUUUCUGCACCACAGUUUCAAAUCCACAGUGAGGACCCAUUUCUGUCUUGGCCUCCGGAAUCUCCAGGGCUCAGAAUUAUGCCUGGCCUCUAAUAGGGGCUAAAGAAAAAAUAACUAAAAUGAUGUUAAUCAUAGUUUACUCGUGGUUCUACUGUAUCAGCCUCUGUUCUAAGCUGCUUACGUGAAUUAUCUCGGGGGUCCUCAGAGCAACCCACCCAGCUAGGGAGUGUUGAUAACACGUUACAUAGAUCUCCGUAACAGAAGAGGAAGCUGAGGCCCAGAGUGGUUAAGGGGGUUGACAGAGGUUGCACAGCUCUAAUGUUGCAAUGCUGAGGCUGAAACCCAAGAAGCCUGGCUGCACUGUCUAGUUUUGCAAACUGGAUGGAUGGUGCCCCUGACCUGGGAAGAAGCCCCUCAGAGCCUCCAGGCAUUGUGCCCCUGACCCCGUGUCUCGAGUCACGCCUUUCCCGGUCGCCACAGCCCACCCACCCACAGACCCAGCCCCCAGCCCCCCCGCCAGGCUGGGGGGAGGGGUGGGAACUCAGCAGGCCUCAGUUUAUUUUCCUCCCCACUGUGGGUUUGCAGAGAUGCCUCCUGAGCUGCCCAGCUUGGGGGCAAACCGUUAAAAGCGGGUCCGAAGGGCUGAGACUCCCCUCAUCAGACAGCAGGGUUGACUGCCCAGGACCCUGAGCCCAGUCCCAGACUGACUGACAGACGGACGGAUGUUCCUCGGCCAGUUGAUCGCUCUCCUGAGCCUGCUCAGUGGGGCCCAGCUGCACACAGGCUCUGGGAGGCCUGGAUUCCUGGGUCCCCCAUCUCAGCUCUGGGCUGCCACCAAUCAGACCCGGGCUCUGGGCCGAGGGACCCUAGGCUCCCAGGUACAAUCCUCUGCCCUCAGCAGCUGGAAGGCCUUCUUGGGUCUGCAGAAAACUGGGCGGCUGGGGAGAGGUAGCCUGCACCAUGGGCAGGAGGUGGCCCCCACCAUGUCUCUGCCAUUGGACCCGCAGGAAGUGGCCCAGGAGAUGUGCAAGGCUGUGCCAUACACUCAGGUGCUCUCCCAGCCCGGCUGCACGGCCGUUCACCUCCGCAAUCACCUCUGCUUUGGCUACUGCUCCUCCCUCUACAUUCCCAGCUCGGACCCCACCCCACUCGUCCUCUGCAACGGCUGUGUGCCCACUCGCAAGCGCCGGACACGUGUGGUCCUGUGGUGUCGGGCGAGCAGCCCAGCCUCCCGUCGACGGAUGAAGAUGUCUACUGUGCUGGUUGAAGGAUGUCAGUGCAGCCCGAGGGCAUGAUCUGAGCUUGGUGGACAGACACACAGACGCACACAGCUUGGAGAGAUGGGGGGAGAUGUGCCCAGAAAGACGCCGACCUGGAUCAUAAGCACUGGGUCAAGAGACCGGGGACACAGGGACAACCAGACGGGGCUCCAGAGCCCUUGCCCCGUUCCCGGGGACACCAGACGCAUCCCCAACGGGGAUCAUAGCACACACUUACGGAGCACUCCGUUUGCCCGGCCCCACGCUAAGCGUUUGACACGCACUACCUCAUGUCAUCCUCAGAACAGCCCAAUGAGAUAGGGGCUGGUAUCAUCCCAUUUCACGGAGAAGGAAACUGAGGCUCUAAGAGGCAAAGUCUCCCGCUCCAGGUCACAUGGCAAUAAGUGACAGAUCUGGCAUUGGAAUCCUAGGCAGUGUGGCAACCAAUUUUAACCACCAGGCUGGACCCCCCGCCUCGCAGAAUGAAAGACACACUCCCAGCUACGGGGAGGACAGAUGGUCUCACACAGACCAGGAGACACAGGGAUGACCCCCAUCCUCGGGACCCCAAGAAACCAAGGCAGGGAGGCCCAUGAAGCUGCAGGGUGGGGGAAACGUGGGCUCCCCAAAUCAGGGGCAGGACCUGUGUGAUCCCAGUUGCCCCUCUUGCCCCACCCCCUCAAGUCUCCACCCAGCCCCACGCAUAGCGUGGCAUUAAACAGGAACCAUAACGGUUGGCCAAGCCCAGUUGUGCGUGUGCGUGUGUGUGUGUGUGUGUUCCUCCAACUGGGGUUCCCUGGGAGCGGGUGGCCCUGUGCUGGGGUGUGGGCAGCAGGGGUGCUCCCUCCUUAGCUGGGCACAGGGUCUGCAGCGCAGGAGGGCAGCCUGGCUUUGGGCGGCUGGAACCGGGGCCCUAGCAGAUGGGCCCGUCUGGCACAGACGCGGGGACAUGUGGUGCUGUCGGGGUUGCCUCCAAAUGCCCCCCGGAGCGUGGGGCGGGGGGGG